GAUCAGCAAAAUAUACCUAUGUUGGCAAAAUCCCUCCAUUUUUCAAACACUAAGGUUGUGACACUGGCCACGAGAGGCGAGAAGCAGAUGGAUUCACCUCUUGGAGCCUAUACCUUCUUGGCUUUGCUGUAAUCUUGUCUUGAGAAGAUCGAGGGGCUGUAAGACUACAGCCGAAGAGAGACCUGAUAACGCGCCUGAAAGAAGAUGAUGUGAGGCUUGAAGAUUGACCUUGCUGCUUGCGACAGGUGGGGAGGCAGAAGGAGAGGUCAUCUGGGACAAGCUCUAAGGGUCGCGGGUUAGGUUGAGAAGAGAAAAGAGAGAAAAUCUGUGAAUCGGAAAGAGAAGUGACGAGAAAUGGACAUCGACCAUCGAAAUGGUCUGAAAUCGAACGGAGGUCAGUAGCCGGUCAAACGAUAGAUAGACAAAUCCAUGACCCCAUGCUCCGCAAUUUGUUUUGCCCCUCUAUGUUGAUGUCGUGCCCUUCGUGCAUCCCAGUGUCAAUUUCCUCUAGAUCACCAGACAUGGCCUUCCCAGACAGCGCAGACAGCGUUCACUCUCUUCUUGCACUCCUUCGAUCUACUCAAGACGACCCUUCCGAAUCUCAGUCUCAAGCGUUUACAUCUACCUCAGCAUCCAGGCCUGGUCCUAACAGUAUCACCCAGAAUUUAUCUUCGCGUCCUAUACCCUCCGGCGCACAGCUUGCGGACCUCCUCACUUCACUCAAUGCUCGACCACCGCCACGACAGCCGAAGAUAGACUCCCCGGGGAGGCGAGAGUUGAUAGAGCCAUUUGGGCCUGUGGGAUUGGCCGGACUAUCAAGGUCUCCAUCUGGCCGACAAGAAGAUGGACAGAGAGCUUAUGAACGGGACUAUGGGCGAGAAGUGGAAGAACAUUAUUCAGGGUCAAGAGAAACUGAAUGGCAGCCGCAGAAGCCACAGCCUAAAGAGAGAAUGCGGGAGCCGGGAUACGGGGACAUGACCUUCAUGAGAGCACUCCCUAUAAUUACAGAGUUGUUGGACGAUCAUAACUUCAAAGCAGAACUGAGGAAGAUGAAGCAAGACCAAGAUGCUUUGGAAAGGAGACUGUGGGCCAAAGGUGAGAAAGUCAAAGCAGAUCACGAGAGAACAGUCAAAGCAGAGAAGGACAUCGCGAAGAUUGCCAGGCAAUCUAUAACCUCAGAGAAAGUCAGACAAUGGAACAAGACUCUUGCAAAUAACCUCGACGCAUUCUACCGCCAACAGUGUCUCCCGGCAAUUGACGGUCUUGCCGUUCGCCAGCGCCAACGUUUAAAAGAUUUAGGCGUCCCAGGUCUAGGAGAGGACGGAGGCAGCGGGGUGAGUGACGAAAAAGUGCGACAGAGGAUAAAAAGAAUACUUGAAGUGCUUGAAGCUGGACUGGAAGAAUGAUGAUAUGUAGUAUGUAGAUGUCAUAGCAUGUCGUAAGGUCAUUAUAUUGUAUGUUUAUAGAACGUUAAAGUAGAUACCAGGGCUGUUUAGUUCUGAAUGUAACGUCACAUUUACUGUCAAGAAAGAUUAGCAAAAGGUUCUAGCUGAGGCACUUUUCAAGCCAACCCACUAGAAAGUGGUCAUAGGCUCAUCCGCCG